AUGGAGGUUCGGGUCGUGAGGAACAAGGUCCUGGCGGUGAACCUGCUGAUCCUGGGGUCUGUUGCCGGGGUGUGUAGCGGGGUCGGCUUCCUGGUCGCCUACGACAUCGGCAGUAUCUUCUCCUUCGUCGCUGCCUCCACGGCGCUUAUAACAGGGAUCCUCACUAUAACGGAGAACGAUCGCCUGGUGUGGCUAGCCACGGUCGCAGCCUACUUCUACGAAGCUGUCUGUUUGCUGCACACUCUCGUGUUCCUGGGCCUCGUCAUUGGAGCCUGCAACUCCAGUCUAUACCUCACAACAGCAAAAGGAGGUUGUAGUGACAGUAAGGAGUUCACCGGUCUGUACGCGUUUAACAUGACGCUAACCCUGAUGAACGGAGUUCUGUGCGCGCUGCUCAUUCUCAACGUCUGCGGAUGUUUCACCAGACGGACGGAAAAGCCACGCCCUAUGUCCAGACCAGUCACCAAGACUAAACAACAACAACAACAACAACAACAACCUCCCCAACCACAGACACCACAGAAGACUUGUCCGUCCCCCUUGGCCACGGACGCAGUCGUCCCUAAGACGAAUAAGGACCUCCUUGCUAAGACUAAGACGAAGCGGACCAAAAAGACCAAGCGGCCGUCAUCCUAUAAGUGGCCUUCAACCCCAAUACUGAGUCCUUCUCCGAGACACUGAAGAUCCCAGUCUGUUAAAGAAUGCGCCUCAGUCUGUUAAAGAGGCCCGCAGCAUUAGUAUAUUUAAGAACAUGUGUCAGGCCCACCUGCUCACACAGCAGAAGCACCAGUUGACCCGGAGACGUGGCCCCAGACACGAGAACAUUCUGGCGGCUAGAAACCGCAUGAACUGUAUCAAGUAGUAA